AUGUUCAUGAAGCAGGGUUUCAAAGAUAAUAACCCUUCUGCUGCUGCCCCUGCCCCCCGCCACAGGCUGCAGUCAGACCCUCAACUGAAGCAGGGGGCCGUAACCUCCGUGAACCUGACUAAGCUAGAGGGCGGUGUAGCCUAUAAUGUGGUACCUGCCACUAUGAGCGCCAGCUUUGACUUCCGCCUGGCACCAGAUGUGGACCUGAAGGCUUUCGAGGAGCAGCUGCAGGGCUGGUGCCAGGCAGCUGGUGAAGGGGUCACCUUCGAGUUUGCUCAGAAAUGGACAGAGCCCCGAGUGACAUCUACUGAUGAUUCAGACCCCUGGUGGGCAGCUUUUAGUGGGGUCUGCAAGGACAUGAACCUCACCCUGGAGCCAGAGAUCUUCCCCGCUGCCACAGACAGCCGCUAUCUUCGCGCGGUGGGGGUCCCAGCUCUGGGCUUCUCACCCAUGAACCACACACCCGUGCUGCUCCACGACCACGAUGAACGGCUGCAUGAGGCCGUGUUCCUCCACGGGAUCGACAUAUACACUCGGCUGCUACCUGCCCUGGCCAGUGUGCCCACCCUGCCCAGCGAAAGCUGAGCCCUGUGCUCUCCAACCUCCACCCCUGAUCAGUGCCAAGGACCCUUCUUCCCUCCUGCCCAACAAUAAAGUCUGUGUGGACAGGGACCACUUCU